CCUCUUCUCUUUUUACUUAUAAAAGGGCAUGGAAGUUCUUCACUUGGGCACAAUAACAAACAAGACUGUUCUGUCAUAGUUAAAGAGAUUAAUUCUUAGCAGAGAUGGGUAUGGAGCUUCGUGUUCUAGUGGUGAUGGCCAUGGUGAUUGCCCUCACCUCAGCUGCAUCGGCAGCUUCUGGAACUGCUACUUACUACAAACGACCUUAUGUUCCCUCAGCAUGCUAUGGCAACCAAGACAAUGGGGUUAUGAUAGCUGGAGCAAGCGAUGCCAUAUGGAAUAAUAGGGCUGCUUGCGGAAGAAAGUACUCAGUGAGAUGCACAGGGGCUGCAAACGAUAGUCCUCGUCCUUGCAAGAGUGGAAGCGGAAGCAUCACUGUGAAGAUUGUUGAUUACUGUGCCAACUGCCAGGGAGACAUCAAUUUGUCCCAAGAUGCCUUUGGGAAGAUUGGUAAUUUGACUGUUGGCAAAAUCAAAGUUCAAUAUAACCAGGUUUGAACUUUGAAGUUGUUCUAGCAGAGGAUGACUUCCCUAUGAAUUUUAAGUUUAUGAUGAGACCUAAUAAUUAUUAAUGUCUAAUAAAGUUUGUAUCAUGGAGAACGGUAUGCAUGUUCCAUGGUUGAUGGUUAUGGGAAAAAGCAAGAAAUUUUAAGUGAAGCUAAAUAAAAGAGCAUAUUAGCAUGUUCUGAUC